ACGCCGCAGGGUGCCGUGGGUCGCGUCGCCUCCUUGAUGCCGGAUGAGAGGGCUCGGGUGUCGCGUGCCAGUGCUGCGACGGAGGUCCUCUCCAGUCACCACGCCGCGCGCAGGCCGUCGUCUGGAGGACGGCGCAACAUCGCCGGCUGGGAAGGCGAGGCCGCGCCGGAGGACGGUGCUGUGUCUCGCAAGCCGUCGUCACAGGCUUCGAGGCUGCCGCUUGCGUCGUGCGCAGCAUCCCGUGGCCAAGCACAACGCCGGGGCCGAUGGUUGAUGUUCUUGUCGAUCGUGUUCGAGGCCUUUGGUACUUUAAUCCAUGUAUUCUUCUCCUAUGAACUCGGAUGGAAGUAAUUCUCGUGAGUGCAUACAUGUACACGAGAAAAAUUAUGGAUAGAUCGUUGAUUGAUGGGAAGAAGACAAAGCAAACGGAUAAAUCUCC